AUGGGCUGGGCCUGCUGGCCAUGCUACAAUAUACUACUACUAGUGCGCGGCCCCCUUCGGCUGGAAGAUAGAGACAGAGAGCACAAAGCGUCCUCUUCUUCUCGGCGGCGGCGGCGAAAGGCGAACGAGCGAGGAACCCUAACCCUAACCAGUUCCGAUCCGCAAGGCCUGCGUCGAUGGCGGCUUCCCUCCGCGCGGCGGCGACGAGGAUGCUGCGCCCGGCGGUGCUUCCAGGGGAGGGGCGUCGCCUGCUCGUCCACACCCAGCAGCUUUCCAAAUCAACCCGCGCCUACGAGGAAGGAACACCGUCCGCCUCUAAUUCAGCAGAGGGACCAGGUGUAUCUGGAGCUUUCGAAAUCCUUGAAGGAGAAACACCGUGCAGAGCUAGUUGAGCAGAAGAAGGAGGAACUGUACGAACUCCUCGCCAAUGCCCACGCCAAUUCUGCGGCCUCCUCGCUGGACAAGAAUCUGCUCAAGGAUCUCUCUACACAAAUCAAGCCUAGACUAGAGGACCCCCAAUGGUGCAAGAUAACUAGGAACAAGAAGGUGACUGAUUUGGCUGCGUCGGUGGUUAUUCUUGCUACUUCUGCUCUCACUUACUGUGUCUUGACAGCUGGUCCUGAAAUAGUAAAGUAUGAUGGACAUCUUGUUACUGUUGAGAGUCUGCCCAUUCUACAAGGACAUGAGCCUGCUGCUACUGCUAAGGGAGUUCACAAGCAAGAUGUGCAGAAGUGAAGGGGUUGAAGAAGAGAUGCAUCUUGUUUGACUAUCAGUUCUUUUCCAGCACCAUGUUAUGUAUGUCUCUUGAAAUGACUGUAUAUGGCCUGCCACCUAUAUAUGUCUUGUCUAUGAUCUGCCACCUAUAUAUGACUGUAUGAUCUGCCACCUUUAUAUAUGAUAUGACUUAGUAGUGUUACUAGA